CCUAUCGCCUGCAGUGGGUAAACAUAAGUGUUCGCCACAUUGUUUGUUAAUGCCAGUUGCUUAACCAUUUAUCAGCGCUUGGUGAGCAUCUACACAUGGGCAGUCGGCCUGUUUUGGCCUCUCUGGGUUUCAAACACCAUUUUAUCCACUAAAACUGCUGUGUAAUGCCAGCUUUUAACAACUUUUGUGGCAUUUAUUCCAAAUGACAAGCAAGAGAAUGAGGAGAGGGGACAUCUGUCCCCAGGGGCAAGUCUGGGCAGAUACUAUGAACGAGCACUAAGGACAGAGGGGAGGAGUAAAAAUCCUGCUCAGCAGUUUGGGAGGUGAAUUAUAGUAGAGUCCACUGUUCAGUCAGAAGUUUAGGCUGCAGCUCGAGGGAUCACCAGAGACUUUUUUUGGACCGGCAAAUGUUUCAUGCAGAAACAUCCUGAUAAGUCCUGUUCUUUUUUCAUAGGGAUUUUGGUCUCUUCUCACUGAAUCAUACAGGUGGCAACAUGUUAGAGCACGUUCUGUCGUUUGGUCGUUCCCUGGUGCGCCGAAAGUUGGUUGAUCUUAGCAGUUUGGAGGACUCAAAGCUCUGUCGUUGCCUGGGAACUGUGGACCUGAUCGCCCUGGGAGUGGGGAGCACUCUGGGAGCAGGUGUCUACGUCCUGGCUGGAGAAGUAGCCAAGGGAGACUCUGGACCCAGCAUAGUCAUCUCUUUCCUCAUUGCUGCCCUGGCCUCCGUCAUGGCUGGCCUUUGUUAUGCUGAGUUUGGAGCUCGCGUCCCAAAGACCGGUUCUGCUUACCUUUACAGUUAUGUGACUGUAGGGGAGAUUUGGGCCUUUAUUACUGGUUGGAACCUGAUUCUCUCCUAUGUGAUUGGUACCUCAUCAGUAGCUCGAGCCUGGAGCGGAACAUUUGAUGAAAUAACAGGAGGACAUAUUGAAGUAUUUUGUAAAACAUACUUCAGCAUGAACUCACCUGGUCUGGCUCAGUAUCCUGACUUCUUUGCAGUCUGUCUGAUUUUGCUGCUGUCUGGACUCCUGUCAUUUGGGGUGAAGGAGUCAGCCUGGGUCAAUAAAAUCUUCACCUCUGUCAAUGUACUCGUACUGCUCUUCGUCAUCAUCUCUGGCUUUGUCAAAGGAGACACAAACAACUGGAAGAUAACAGAAGAAUCGCUAGUAAAUGUCACUAUAGUUGCCAGGAACUUAUCAGUCAUGAACAAUGUGAGCAGUGAUUAUGGAGCUGGAGGAUUCAUGCCAUACGGUUUCAGUGGGACAUUAGCUGGAGCCGCCACCUGCUUCUAUGCUUUUGUCGGCUUUGACUGCAUAGCAACUACAGGUGAAGAAGUGAAGAACCCUCAGAGAGCCAUUCCCAUUGGCAUCGUGGUGUCACUGACUGUGUGUUUCCUGGCGUACUUUGGCGUUUCGGCCGCACUCACGCUCAUGAUGCCUUACCACCUGUUGGAUGAGAAAAGCCCUCUGCCUAUGGCAUUUGAAUAUGUCGGCUGGAGCCCUGCGAAAUAUGUGGUCGCUGUAGGUUCGCUAUGUGCCCUGUCUACCAGUCUGUUGGGCGCCAUGUUCCCCCUGCCACGCAUUCUCUUUGCCAUGGCGCGAGAUGGCAUUCUGUUCAAAUUUAUGUCCAAAGUGAGUAAGCGGCAGUCACCUGUGGCUGCCACCAUGGCGGCAGGUACCACUGCGGCUAUCAUGGCGUUCCUGUUUGACCUCAAAGCGCUGGUCGACAUGAUGUCGAUAGGAACUCUGCUGGCCUACUCACUGGUUGCUGUGUGUGUACUGAUUCUUAGGUACCAGCCAGAUGGAGAUUUGGAGGGGCGAAGGGGAGGCAGCUGCAAAAGGGACUAUCUGUCCUCUGAGGAGGGCGAGUCUGAGCUGACCGAAUCCGAGUCCCACCUCAACACACUAAAAGCAGACGGAUCAAUCCUGCAGGCGGUCCUGCACCCACCUGCCUCUCCCUCUGAGCGUUCAUCCAGGGUGGUCAACAUUUGCAUUUGUGUGCUUGUGCUGCUGACAUGUCUGAUCAGCUAUCUGACCACUUACCACAUCGACUCCAUCAUUAAUAUCGAAGUGUGGAUCCUGGCAUCGCUGUCUGUGUGUCUCCUUGUCUUUGGCGGCUGCGUCGUGAUGAUCUGCAGACAGCCUCAGACCACUCAGAAGGUUUCCUUCAUGGUUCCCCUUUUGCCAUUUCUGCCCAUCCUCAGCAUAUUUGUUAAUAUUUACCUCAUGGUUCAACUGAGUGGGGACACCUGGAUCCGUUUUUCCGUGUGGAUGGUGCUUGGCUUCUUGAUCUACUUCGGUUACGGCAUGUGGCACAGUGUGGAGCGCCAGCGCCUUCUCCGGGGCAAAUGCGGCAGUGCCAAGCAGGCUGGGUCGGCUGCAGUAGGGAAGGAACAGGACCAGUUCAUCUGUCCGGAGAAGACCAGUCACUUUUAAGGUUCCUCAAUUUUCCUGCUAAUUGAGUGUGAGGGGACAUGCACGGCCCGACACACACACUACCACCAUAAGCCUUGAGGAACUUGUAGGAACAGCUUUGCCAACGUGGGCCUCGCAACAUUCAGUCUGUGAACGUCAUGUCAGUAUUUUGUGUGAUGAGGAGCUGCUCUCGUCUGACCUCUUUCACUGUGAUGGACCACGUACACUGCAAUGAGACAUUGUGUUGAAAGCGCCAUGGAAAAGACAGGUAACACACUGGAGAGUGAAUUUCCUGCAGACUAAAACAGUUAGAGGAAUAAUGAGAGAGUUUUUUUUCUUUCUUUUCUUUUCUUUUUUUACAAUGGGUGUUACUUUUUAGAGACUGAGCAUAUCAUUAUAAGUAUCAUUUAAAAAAAUUAAUUCAUUUCUUCAUUUAAUGGUCUAUUGUAUUUUUAGACUUUUGUACACCUGCACAAUCGAAAGCAGCACCACUGCAAACCCACACCACCAAAACACAUUAUUACAGGAAUAUUUCUCUCAAUGUGCCCAUCCAAACUGAACAUUUGUAUCUCUGUAAAGCCAGAUUUUUUUUUUUUUAAAUACAGCUCUUGCAUUACAUAUUACAGUAUGCAGGUGUACAAACAGUGAUGUGGUGACUGGUGAGUGCAUUUUUAGUAGGAUUUGCAGUCUUAUUUUAGAAGGCCUUUGUUUGUUGCUUUAAUUCUUGAAAUACCAGAAGAGGAACAAUCUUCCUCCCGUUCAGGUCAUGCAACAAGUCAUAGAACUCUUUUUUUUUUUUUCUUUCUCAGCUGCUGCCACAAAGGGUCUUAUUUAGCUGCCUUUCUGCAGAAUAUGUAUCAUGUUUCAAAUGUUACAGUCUGAAUGAAUGAUGUCAUUGAAUUAAAAAUUAUUUCCAUAAACGUGUUCAAUUUGUUAUCACACUAUGGCAAACCAGGCUUUAAUCCUGUACACUACUAGUACAGACUAGAUUAAAUGUUACGUUGCCCAAAUGUCCGAUAUGUGUUGUCUUUUUUGUGUAGCUUCAUUUUACAGCUUCAUUCAAUGUGAAGGGAAUUAAAUUAAACAGUCAGGAAAUGAUACAUUUUCCCCCCUGAAUGGUUAUUAAUAACAUGAAAAACCAUGUAUCCACCUGUUGAUAUUCAUAUAACAUUUUCACAUAACAUAUUCAUACAACAGAAUAGGCAUUAACUGUGUGUUCAAUUAAACAGGCCCAGAUAUCACAAUAAGACCAUUUGUGAGCACACUGAGAUGACAUUUUCAUUGUUUUAAUAUUCAUACUUGUGA